AUGGGAAGAAGUAGUGGAAAUGAAUCUGCAAAAUGGAAAUUGGUGUCAGAGAUUUGUGAUUUGUCUAAAGGUGUCAUAAUUCCUUGUUCACAUCAAUAUCCCACAAAGUCUGCAUUCAUCGACUGGUAUCUUCUUCUUGAUGUUGAUGAGAGUGUUGGAGUAGAUGUGAUUAAGCAGAGAUAUCGUAAACUAGCAAUGCAGCUUCAUCCUGAUAAGAACAAACAUCCCAAAGCAGAAAUUGCAUUCAAGUUGGUUUCCCAGGCAUAUGUUUGCCUGACGGAUGAAGCAGGCAGAGAGGCUUUUGAAACAGACAGAAGAAACCACAUAUGCCCAAAGUGCUCCAUAAAAUCAAGUGAAAAAACACCUAGACAUGGCAAUGUUGCAAAAGUGGCCAAAACAUUUCCUCCUACAGACAAGGCAUGGCCAGUUUCCAGAAGCAUUUCGCGACGUGUUAAAGAACUUAAAGCCAGAUUUAUGGAAGAAGUUGCAGUUAUAAACACUUGUUUGAAGGCGAAGUCUUCGCCCGCUACAUACUCAAUGAACCAACCUCAGACAUUCACAAGACAAAACGAGAUACCAAUCUUUAAUCCAUCCAAUUAUGAGUUACAAGGCUAUCCUCAUCCUAGCAAUUAUAGGAAGUUGUCGCGUAGAUUUCAGGAAAGAAGCACUGAGAAACAUGUCUCUAGCUACCCAGUAUUUAAGCCUAGAUCAGAAAAGGGAGCAUAUGCAAAGAUUUAGUAGAACCAGCUCUAAGCAUAUAUUGACAAUAACACCUACGAGAUACCAAUCUCCUUUAGGUUGUUUUAAUUCAUUUAGUCUCUUCCUGGUACAGUGUUUGGAUCAGACUGCAUUGAAAAAUUAAAACUUAUAA